AUGUCGCUCGUGACGGGAGAGAAGUCGAACUUCCAGUUCAUUCUGCGUCUAUUAAACACCAACGUCGAUGGCAAGCAGAAGGUCAUGUACGCCCUCACCAAGAUCAAGGGUGUCGGUCGUCGUUACUCCAACCUUGUCUGCAAGAAGGCCGAUGUCGACCUGAACAAGCGCGCCGGUGAGCUUACCUCGGAAGAGCUCGAGCGCAUCGUCACCAUCAUCCAGAACCCCACCCAGUACAAGAUUCCCUCGUGGUUCCUCAACAGACAGCGCGACAUUGUCGACGGCAAGGACUCGCAGAUCCUGGCCAACGGCGUCGACUCGAAGCUCCGCGACGAUCUCGAGCGCCUCAAGAAGAUCCGCGCCCACCGCGGUCUCCGCCACUACUGGGGCCUCCGCGUGCGCGGCCAGCACACCAAGACGACCGGCCGCCGCGGCCGCACCGUCGGUGUCUCCAAGAAGAAGGGUGGUUAG